ACACUUGCACUGCAUCUUCAAAGGGCAAACCACAACUGCAAUUCACAUUCACUCCUCUUGUUAAUCUCCGUCUCUCUCUCUAGUCUCUCUCUACCCCUUGAUAGAUUAAUUGAGUAAACUGGAGACCAUGCAACAAGCAAUUCCAUACAGGACAUGGCUGCCGAUGUCGCCCUCCAGCGGCCCAAUUGGGUUCGGAGGAGGAGGAGGAGGAGCAGCGUCAGUUGUUGCUAAUGGGGGAGAAGCAGGAGGAGGAGGAGGAGGAGGAAGAAGAGGUGGAAGAAAGGAGGUGAAGGGAUUGAUAUCAGGGAACGCGGUGAUAGUGUUUGGCAGGAGAGGUUGUUGUAUGUGUCAUGUAGUGAAGCGCCUCUUAUUUGGAUUAGGAGUUAACCCAGCUGUGUAUGAGGUAGAUGAUGAGAAAGAUGAGGCUUAUGUUGUUGAUGAAUUGACCUCUAUCACUGCUGAGGAUGAGAAGCCACAGUUCCAAUUUCCUGCUGUGUUCAUUGGAGGAAAGCUAUUUGGAGGUUUAGAUCGUCUCAUGAAUGCUCAUAUCUCUGGAGAACUCAUUCCCAUCCUCAAGAAGGCAGGAGCUCUGUGGCUUUGAAUAUUGAUUUUGACCCUUCUCACAAUUCACCUCUUUUCUUCUUUUUCUUGCCCUUCCCCCCCCCCCCUUUUCUCUUCUGCUUGCUCUUUUCUUCAAGAAAUUUUUGAGAGGUAAAUGCAGGAGUUUUGAUCUUUAAUUUUUGAGCAACGUCAAGCUUUUUUUUUUUUUUUUCAUAUGUAAUGACCGGAAAGAAAGAGGGAAAAAAAAUGAAGACUUUCUAAUGACUUGGGGCUUUCAGAGUGUGACUUCUCUGUAACUAAAUGUGUUUGAUCCAUUAAUGAAUCUGUUCUUGGGUUUUAGAAGAAUUGAA